AUGUUGGAUCUUUGGUCAGAAUUUUCCUCCUCAGGUGAUGAAGCAUUGAAAAUCACUAGUUUAGAGGAGGAAACAGAAGUUAGGAUUCAUGGAAAAUUUCCGAGGACAAGGCAUGUGAUAUUGGAGUUUCAAUCUUUGGAAUGGGUGGCAUCGGUAAAGUUACUCUUCAUUGUCUAG